AUGGCGACGCGCAGCAGGACUGGAGUGGCAAUGGCUGUUGGGUCCAUUUCAUCCGCCAGAGUGGUGGAUGCGUUUUUCCUGUUGCUUUUCUCUAGCGUGUCACAGGCCCAGACAUUCUCUUUUCCUUUCCAGCAGCCGGAAAAGUGCAACCACAACCACUACUUCGAUAUUUCUGUGCUCUCCUGUGUCCCGUGUGGAGCCAACCAGAGGCAGGAUGCCCGAGGAACAUCGUGUGAGUGUCUGCCAGGAUUUCAGAUGAUCUCUAAUAAUGGAGGACAUGACGUUGUUUGUAAAAAGUGCCCAGAAAACCUGAAAGGUGUUACCCAAGAUGGCUGGAACUGCAUUUCUUGCCCUGGUAGCUUAACUGCAGAAGGAAAAUGCUACUGUCCCACUGGCCAUAUUUUAGUGGAAAGAACUGUUAAUGGGACUUUGUUGUCUAAAGCAAAAUGUGAAUACUGUGAUGACCAGGAAGCCUCCUUUGCAGUAGCAGAUGCUUUAGGAAACAGGUGCAUCCGAUGUGAACCAACAUUCAUUAAUACGAGUGGGUCCUGUAUAUGUUCUGAACCUAACAUUUUAACAGGGGGAUUAUGUUUCAGCAGCAUGGGGAAUUUUCCUCCAUGUAGAAUUUCAACCGCACGUUAUGGAGAGCUUGGCAUGCCUUUAACUUCAGAGUGGUUUGCAAAGUAUUUGCAAUCAUCAGCAGUUGCAUGUCGGGUGUAUGCCAAUCUGACAUCUUGCCAGGCUCUUGGAAAUAUGUGUGUGAUGAACAUGAAUUCUUAUGAUUCUGCCACAUGUGAUGCAUGUCGACUGUUUCAGUUUAUCUUUGAAAAUACAGCUUCACUGAGCACUGUUCAUUCUAUUUCAUUUUGGAGACAGAAUCUUCCAUGGCUAUUUUAUGGAGACCAGCUAGGAUUAGCACCUCAAGUACUCAGUGCUAUCCCUUUUUCUACAAAUUUCAGUUUUAAAGGAGAAAACCAGAAUACAAAAUUGAAGUUUGUUGCUGCUUCCUAUGAUAUAAGAGGCAAUUUUCUCAAGUGGCAAACAUUAGAAGGAGGUGUUUUACAGCUUUGUCCAGACACAGAGACAAGGCUAAAUGCUGCUUAUUCUUUUGGAACCACUUAUCAACAAAAUUGUAAGAUUCCUAUUUCUAAGAUCUUAACUGACUAUCCCACUCCUAUAUUUUAUGAUGUGUACCUUGAAUAUACUGAUGAAAACCAACACCAAUAUAUUUGGGCUGUGCCCGUGUUAAACCUAAAUCUUCAACACAAUAAAAGAUUUGUGAACCAAGAUGCUGGCUCUGGCAUGUGGCUUCUGACUCGUCGUAUUUUCUUAGUGGAUACAGUAAGCGGACGGGAAAAUGACUUAGGAAGUCAGCCAAAAGUAAUCCGGAUUGCUACCCAAAUAUCAUUAAGCAUCAACCUUGUACCUAACACGAAAAAUGGAAACAUCUACACUCCCUUAAUCACUCUUACCUACCGUGACAUUGAUAUCAAGGAUCCCAACAGCCAGUCUGUAGAGGUUUCUUUCUCAGUCAAAUAUGAAAUGAAUCAAGGAGAAGCACAUGUCCAGACAGAUAUUGCUUUGGGUGUUUUGGGUGGGCUAGCUGUUCUGGCAUCCCUUUUGAAGACAGCAGGAUGGAAGAGACACAUUGGGAGUCCCAUGAUUGAUUUACAGACAGUUAUGAAAUUCUUGGUGUACUAUGCUGGUGACCUCGCCAAUGUUUUCUUUAUCAUCACAGUGGGAACUGGUCUUUAUUGGCUUAUUUUCUUCAAAGCACUACAAUUUUUGCAUAAACUCAUAUCCCAGGUGACCAUAGAUAUAUUCUUUAUUGAUUGGGAGCGACCUAAAGGAAAGGUUCUGAAAGCUGUUGAAGGUGAGGGUGGUGUACGGAGUGCCACUGUUCCUGUAAGCAUAUGGAGAACAUAUUUUGUAGCAAAUGAAUGGAAUGAAAUUCAGACUGUGAGAAAAAUUAAUUCACUCUUUCAAGUACUUACUGUCCUCUUCUUUUUGGAGGUUGUGGGAUUCAAGAACUUAGCACUAAUGGACUCUUCCUCUAGUCUUUCUAGAAGCCCACAUAGCUAUAUAGCUCCUUACAGCCGCAUUUUGAGAUAUGCAGUGUCUGCUGCUCUUUGGCUAGUCAUUGGAAUUAUACAGAUCGUGUUCUUUGGUAUCUUUUAUGAGAGAUUUAUAGAAGAUAAAAUUCGACAGUUUGUUGAUUUGUGCUCUAUGAGUAAUAUAUCAGUGUUUCUGUUAUCCCAUAAAUGUUUUGGAUAUUACAUUCAUGGUAGAUCAGUACAUGGUCAUGCAGAUACUAAUAUGGAAGAAAUGAAUAUGAAUCUUAAAAGAGAAGCGGAAAAUUUGUGUAGCCAGAGAGGUUUGGUACCCAACACAGAUGGCCAGACUUUUCAGAUUGCAAUUUCUAGCCAGAUGAGACAACAAUAUGACAGAAUUCAUGAAACACUAAUGAGGAAAAAUGGCCCUGCUAGACUAUUGACUUCAUCAGCAAGUACUUUUGAGCACAGUAUAAAAGCAUAUAAUACCAUGAAUAAAUUUCUUGGCUCUUUCAUUGAUCAUGUUCAUAAGGAACUGGAUUACUUUAUAAAAGAUAAGUUGCUUCUUGAAAAAAUUCUCGGAAUGGAAUUCAUGGAACCAAUGGAAAAAAGCAUCUUUUACAAUGAUGAAAGUUAUUCUUUUAGCGAUGUUCUGUAUUAUGGAAAUGAAGCCACACUUCUUAUUUUUGACCUGCUAUUCUUCAGUGUUGUGGAUUUGGCUUGCCAGAAUUUUGUGUUAGCAGCCUUUCUUACGUACCUACAGCAAGAGAUUUUUAGAUUUAUUCGUAAUACAGUAGGACAAAAGAAUUUGGCAUCCAAGACGUUGGUGGAUCAAAGAUUUCUGAUUUAA